UAUAAAAAAAUACUAUUAUAUAUACAAUACAUAUACAUAUAUUAUUAACACGGAUACUUGUACAUCUCUAAUAUGAAUCAUUAUGAGUUGAGAAGAAGGAGAAAACUAAGAAGGAGGGAACUGAUUAAAUCAAUAAAUAGAGGCUAUGUAUUUACUAUAUAAGCUUAAUCGAGUGCUUAUAACAGCCUUCAUAUCUACCACAUAGUAGGAAAGAUUACAGCACAAUUCUUCUUUAACAACGCAUAAAGAGUUUAUAAGCAGUAUUCUGUCUUCAUUUCGACAAUGUUUAUUGCAGUUUCUGUUUUUGCACUUUUAACAGUACAUAUUGCCGCAGAAAUACCUUCAUAUAUUAAUGUAUGUGGCCGCAGAGAUCCGAAUAUUAAUCAAUGCAUCUUGGACAAUAUCAAUAAUUUGAAAAGUAAAAUCUGCGAAGGAUUACCAGACCUGGAUAUUCCACCAAAUGAUCCGUUUAUCAUCGACGAAAUAGUCAUUUCUGAUACACCCAAUACCAAAUUAUAUAUUAGAAACGCACAAGUAUCAGGCUUAUGCGAUUUUACUAUAAAAUCCUUUCAUGCAGAUAUUGAUAAUCUUAACUAUGAUGUUGAUCUUUUAUUUCACCAAAUUCGAGGAAACACAACUUAUGAUUUUAACAUAUCUUUAUUGUCAACACCUAUCGCUUAUAAAGGACAACUUUACAUUACCGCAACUUCCUAUAUUCAUGUGUGUGGCCUCAAAAACCCUAAUUUUGAUCAAUGUAUUUUGGAAAAUAUUGAAAACUUGAAGGGUAAAAUUUGCGAAGGAAUUCCAGAAUUGGACAUUGAAUCGAACAAUCCAUUUUAUCUUGAUAAGUUAACAAUUUUUAAUAUAUCCAUGAUAACAUUGUUUGUUGAAAAUACACAAGUAACAGGACUGUGCGAUUUCGUUGUAAAUUUCCUUCAUCUAGAAAUGGACAAGAUGCAUUUUGAUAUUGAUUUGUUAUUUAAACGAAUUCAAAUAAAUGCCACUUAUGAUUUGAAUAUACGUCUACUAGUACCUAUAGCUAGCAGAGGAAAAGUUUAUAUUACUACAGACAAUGUAGGAGCAAAUGUAAGCGUGGAUAUGGGAUUAACUAUCCGACACGGCAAAACAUAUUCAUAUGUAUCACAGAUAAAAAUCAAUCUCGACAUUAAAGGAUAUGAUAUAGAAUUUGCAUUGAACGAAGAACAAUUAAGUCAAUUGCAUGAAAUUAUUACAAACUUUAUAGGGAAGAAUCAGCAGGAAAUUAUUAAAACUUUUAAACCAGCUCUGGAAGAGGCAAUUUCGAAACGGAUUAUCUCACUUUCCAAUAAUAUGCUUAAACACUUUACUUAUGAAGAACUUUAUCCCGAUCGGACAUAAAUCGUUCAAAAUUUUGAAAUUUAUUGUUACAUGAUCGUUUCGUUUUUUAUUUAGGAAGAAUU